CAGAGAGAAGAUUUUAUGGUAUCAUAUCAGAAUCAGACAACCAUCGGAAAGCCCCUUCGCAUACUGUCUCGGUAGCGGCCGCCCAGGAAACAACACACUUACUUACACAGCUCUCCGGCCCCCCUUCACUUCAAUUCCCCCACAUAAAUAAAUUCAUCUUCUCUGCUUCCUCCCCUUGCUUGAUUCGGCAACCACAUUUUACUUUUGCUUUGAGGGUUGCGGCGGCGGCGGCGGGGAUGCAUUGCCAUUUAGCAAUGUAAAAGUCUAAACAACCUACUGCUGCAACAUCACGGCAAGAAAAAGAUUCCGUAAAGCCCAGAUCUUGGCACAAGAAUCCCAGCAAGAAGCAGCAUAAUACUCGACACUAGGGCGGGACUAGGGAGGGACUCUCGUCUUGAUUAACAGAUAAGGGACAUAUAGGUGGUCUCCCUAUGGGAAUAAGAAGUCUUAGUCCCAUGGUCAGAAGGGAGUUGGAAAAUCUUGACAAGGAUGCUGACAGUCGAAAAUCUGCUAUGAAAGCCUUGAAAUCCUAUGUCAAAGAUUUGGAUUCCAAAGCUAUCCCUCUCUUUCUCGCACAGGUUUCCGAGACCAAAGAAACUGGUUCUUCUGGAGAGUAUACGAUCUCACUAUACGAGGUUCUUGCUCGUGUUCAUGGACAUAAAAUUGUCCCUCAAAUUGACAACAUCAUGACCACUAUUAUCAAGACUUUGACGUCAAGUGCAGGAUCUUUUGCUCUUCACCAAGCUUGCUCUAAGGUGGUUCCGGCAAUUGCCAGAUAUGGAAUGGACCCAACUACUCCCGAGGACAAGAAGAGACACAUCAUUCACUCUCUCUGUAAGCCUCUCUCCGAUUGUCUUUUGGGCAGUCAUGAGAGCCUAUCUUCUGGAGCUGCUCUUUGUCUGAAGGCUCUAGUAGAGUGCGAUAACUGGAGGUUUGCUUCAAACGGGAUGGUGAAUGAGGUAUGUCAGAGAGUUGCUGGAGCUUUGGACAAGCACUUGCAAACUAAUUCGCACAUGGCACUUGUGAUGUCUUUGGCUAAGCACAACAGUUUGACUGUCGAGGCGUAUGCAAGGUUGUUGAUCCGCACUGGAUUGCAGAUUCUGAAUGAAGAUGCCAAUUCUCAAAAAAGAUUGUCCGCCAUUCAUAUGGUGAGCUCUUUGAUGAAGUGUUUGGAUCACAAAAGCAUCUCUUCCGAGUUGGAAUUAAUAAUUAAGGUGAUGGAGAACUGUCAGUCUGAUCAGAUGGCUUACGUAAGUGGGGCUGCUUUUGAAGCAUUGCAAACUGCUCGAAAGAUAUGUACUGAGAAAAGCUCAAAAUUUGAGAAAGAUAUGGUUUCAGUCACUGGCUCAAAUUUUGACAGGAGAGGAAAUUUAAGAAGAAGAAAUUUGUCGGAUUCUGGGGAUCAAUCACCUCUGACAGCUUCACCUGAAUCACAGACUAUCAAUUCAUUUUGUGGGCACGAUUCCUUCUUUGACUCCCCAAUUUCAACGAAUCAGACCUCUCCAGACUUCGCUUAUGAUCGAAGGAGUGUGAAUCGGAAACUGUGGUCAAGGUGUGAGAAUGGUGUUUUAGACGUCUCUCUCAAGGAUGGUAUCUUUUCAGAGGUAACACGCAGAAGUGCCAUGGGGAGCUCUGAGCAUGAUGGUUUUUCUGAUUUCUCUGGAGAUUAUACGGAUGGAUUUGUUGGAUUUUGCCAAACUAGUUCCAGAAAUAGAGUUGCCAGAAGUGCCACUCCCAGUCCUCAGCGUUCUCGCUCUCUCAUCAAUGUUGACAGUGUAAAGAUCUUUGCAACACCAAGAAAGCUAAUUCACUCCCUUCAGGAUCAAAAUGAGGAAAGUUCAGACUCUGACAAACCAAAUAGGAGAUUCAGAAGUCCUUCAAGCCAAUAUGAAAUGACUCCUACUUCAAAAUAUAAACAGAAUGGCGUUCAUCAAAUGAGGGGCCUUGAGAUUAAUGGGAAAGGGAAGUCACCUACAGGGUCCGAAGCGUUACGAGGAAGCUCCGAAUCAGUGUCUUCAACACAAGAUAUCCCUGCUGAGGAUACAACAAAACCUUCUCCAAAGUUGGAACUUCCUAGAGUUGAUGGUCUGAAAGGCUACUGGAAGCCUACUCGCAACACACUCGGCAUUCUCUUUGUUAUAUUUGCAACUAUUUUAUGCUUCAUGUUAAUUGAUGAUCAAGGAGAAGGUUACAAUCUUGUCCCCACCUAACUUGUGUUUGGUGGCAGGCCAUAAGAGCUAAUAUAGUUCUAGUUGAGUUAAUAUCCUGGAAAGUAAUCAGGCUGAUAUGCCUUAUAAAACAACAAAUACUUACUGAGCCGUUUCUUCUUUAGUUGUAGCAGAGCAGUAAACAAGAUGAAGAAUUUUUGGUACUUUGAUUGGCAAUCUCCAAAGACUAUGGUCCUGUUUUAUGUAAUAGUGCUACUGAAACAUAUUGCCAUUGAAUGAUAUGCAAAGGAUGCAAAAGGGACUUUUCUGC